GUCAUUUUAUUAUUUCAUAGACUUCAGAUAGAUAGCCAAAGCGAGGAAAUCAGUAUUUUUUUAAAUAAAAUAUAACAAAUCAUGGCUUUUCUGGCGCGAAAUUUGUUAACAAUAGCGCGUCAACCUUGUCUCAUCAAUAGCAUAACAAAUUCGAUGAGAUCUUUGAGUGUUACGCCACGAUUUUGUCAACAGACCAAAUUAGAAGUACUCGACAACGUGCAGGAGACUAAAGUCACCAAUGAAGAACAAAUUGAAUGCAAAAACAUUUUCGAUAAGGUCAACCAGCAAUUGGCUAAAAAUGAAGAAGGUCGUAUGUUUGCGGUUGUUCACCUCUGUGGCAAGCAAUUUAAGGUGACAGACGGCGAUAUUAUAAUAGUCGAAGGGUAUUGGCCACCAACUAUUGGCGAUGAAAUACGUUUGGAGAAAGUAAUGUUAGCCGGCGCUAAUGAUUUCACUUUGAUUGGAGCACCAUUGUUGGAUUCCGGUUUGGUCGAUGUCAAGGCAACUAUAAUUGAGAAAACUUUAUCACAUACAAAGACUCAUUUCAAAAAGAAGCGAAGAAAGCAAUAUUUACGCAUUAAUUUCCAAAGGUCGCCAUACACCAUGAUUCGCAUUAAUUCAAUAGAAGUAAAACAACAAGUUCAUAAACCUUCUUCUCACCCACUUAAUGAAAAUAGAAUAUUCUAAAAAUUUGUUGAGUAAUUCGAAGAGCCUGGUAAAUGGGCACGCUGGUUAGAUUUUUUUAUUAGUUUUUUUUAGCUAAAACAUUUAUUCGGUAUCUACACUACAUGUAGUUUUACUAAUCUAAGAUUGCGCACUUCAGUUGUAAAAAUAAAUAAAAGGAAUACAAAAAAUUAA